GCCGGCCGCCCGGCCGCCCGCCGGGAGGAAGGUCGGGAGCGCGGGGAGAGUGGCCCGGCCGCGGGCGCCCCCGCCGUCGCCGCUGCCAGGGCUGAACUGCAGCUGCAGAAGCAACAAGUGACCCUUUAAAGAUGCCUGGGAGGCUGAAUAAAGAGAAGAGGGAAACUGGAGAAAAUAAUGAAGUAAGGAAAAAGUUUAAUAGGGAAAAGCUGCUUUCUGCAAACAGCUGAAAAAGGAAAUGGUUUCUUUGGCCCUCAGGGCGCAACAGGAGCUGGGUCUGUGAAGCCUUUGCUGGGAAGAGCUCUCACGGCUGAGCACCAGAGUGAUCGUCCGUCGCCAUGGCCAGCAAGAGGAAAUCCACCACACCGUGCAUGAUCCCCGUGAAGACGGUGGCGCUGCAGGCUGCCAGCGCAGAGGCCCAGCCCACUGAGGCUUUGCCUGAAGGGUCCCAGCAGGAUCUGCUCCCCGAAGCGCCUGCUGCCAGCAGCGAGGCAGUCCAGAACAUCAGCAGCACUGACGGCGCUACGCUGGCCAACGGGCAUCGGAGCACAUUGGACGGGUACUCAUAUUCCUGUAAGUGUUGUGACUUCAGAUCCCAGGACAUGACCCAGUUCGUGGGACACAUGAACUCAGCGCACACAGACUUUAAUAAAGAACCGACGUUUGUAUGUACUGAAUGCAGUUUUCUGGCAAAAACCCCCGAAGGGCUUUCCCUGCACAACGCUAAGUGUCACUCAGGGGAAGCCAGCUUUGUGUGGAAUGUGGCCAAGCCAGACAAUCAUGUAGCUGUGGAGCAGAGCAUCCCCGAGAACAUCAGCACUCCUGACCUACCAGGGGAGCCCAGCACUGAAGGGACCGAUGGACAGGCUGAAAUCAUCAUUACCAAAACUCCAAUCAUGAAGAUAAUGAAAGGCAAAGCUGAAGCCAAAAAAAUUCAUACGCUUAAGGAAAACGUGCCUAAUCAGCCCAUUGGUGAGGCCUUACCAAACCCUUCAAAUGUGGAAACAGAAGUGAAAGAGGGAGACCACUCCAUCAAUGGGGCAGUUCCAGUUAGCCAGGCAUCUGGCAGCUCAGCAAAACCCCCUCAUGCAGCCAACGGGCCCCUGAUAGGAACAGUCCCAGUCUUGCCAGCUGGUAUAGCACAGCUCCUCUCCCUCCAGCAGCAGCCCCCAGAGCACAGCCAGCACCAUGCCCACCAGCCACUGCCCACAUCCAAGUCCCUGCCCAAAGUGAUGAUCCCCCUGAGCAGCAUUCCAACAUACAACGCGGCCAUGGACUCCAACAGCUUCCUGAAGAACUCUUUCCACAAGUUCCCCUACCCAACCAAAGCCGAGCUCUGCUAUUUGACUGUGGUGACCAAGUAUCCAGAAGAACAGCUCAAGAUCUGGUUCACAGCCCAAAGGUUGAAGCAGGGUAUCAGCUGGUCCCCUGAGGAGAUUGAGGAUGCCCGGAAAAAGAUGUUCAAUACAGUCAUUCAGUCUGUACCUCAGCCCACAAUCACCGUUUUAAAUACUCCCCUGGUGGCUAAUGCUGGCAACGUCCAACAUCUCAUCCAGGCUGCUCUACCAGGUCAAGUCGUGGGACAGCCAGAGGGCACAGCAGGGGGACUUCUUGUCACUCAGCCACUGAUGGCCAAUGGGUUGCAAGCACCAAGUUCAUCUCUCCCCCUGGCGGUUACGUCUGUCCCCAAGCAGCCCACCGUUGCACCUGUUAACACUGUGUGUUCAAAUACGUCGUCGGCUGUGAAGGUGGUGAACACAGCCCAGUCCCUCCUCACGGCGUGCCCCAGCAUAACUUCCCAAGCCUUCCUGGAUGCUAGCAUCUACAAAAAUAAGAAAUCUCAUGAACAGCUGUCAGCUCUGAAAGGUAGCUUCUGUCGGAAUCAGUUCCCGGGACAGAGCGAAGUGGAGCAUCUGACCAAAGUGACCGGCCUCAGCACGAGAGAGGUGCGGAAAUGGUUCAGUGAUCGGCGCUACCACUGCCGGAAUCUGAAGGGCUCCAGACCCAUGAUGCCCGGCGACCAAGGCGCCAUCAUCGUGGACUCUGCCCCAGAGGUGCCCUUCACCCCGCUGUCCAAAGCCCCCGAGGCAACCUGUGUCCCAACAGCGGCCACACUAGUGACCCACCCUUCUGCCAAACGGCAGUCCUGGCACCAGACCCCUGACUUCACACCAACCAAAUACAAGGAGAGAGCCCCUGAGCAGCUCAAAAUUCUGGAAAGCAGUUUUGCACAAAACCCCCUUCCUCUCGAUGAGGAACUGGACCGCCUGAGAAGUGAAACCAAAAUGACCAGAAGAGAAAUUGACAGCUGGUUUUCAGAGAGAAGAAAAAAGGUGAAUGCUGAGGAGACCAAGAAGGCUGAUGAGAACACCUCUCAGGAGGAAGAGGAGGCUGCUGAGGAUGAGGUUGGGGAGGAGGAUCUAGCUGGUGACCUGAGGGUCACCGGUGAAAACGGCUCCUUGGAAGUGCCGAGCGGCUACUCCCUGGCAGAGCGCAAAGUCAGCCCCAUCAAAAUCAACCUCAAGAACCUGCGGGUCACAGAGGCCAAUGGUAAGAGCGAGCUCCCAGUGCUGGGUGCCUGUGAGUCUGAGGAUGAUGGGGCGAGCAAGCUGGCAGAGCAGCCCCUAGGCAAGGUCAGCUACAGAAAGACAGCCCAGCAGCGGCACUUGCUUCGGCAGCUCUUUGUGCAGACCCAGUGGCCCAGCAACCAAGACUAUGACUCCAUCAUGGCCCAGACAGGUCUGCCGCGGUCGGAGGUGGUGCGUUGGUUCGGGGACAGCAGGUACGCCUUGAAGAAUGGCCAGCUCAAGUGGUACGAAGACUACAAGCGGGGCAACUUCCCGCCAGGGCUGCUGGUCAUUGCUCCUGGCAACCGGGAGCUGCUGCAGGACUAUUACAUGACACACAAGAUGCUGUGUGAGGAGGACCUGCAGAGCCUUUGUGACAAGACCCAGAUGAACUCGCAGCAGGUCAAACAGUGGUUUGCUGAGAAGAUGGGCGAGGAGACUCGGGCUGUGGCAGACACGGGCAGUGAGGACCAGGGUCCCAGCGCCAGCGAGCCUGCGGCAGUUCACAAAGGGAUGGGUGACACCUAUUCAGAGGUGUCCGAGAGCAGUGAGUCAUGGGAGCCGAGUGCCCCUGAGGCCAGCUCAGAGCCCUUUGACACCGCGAGUCCCCAGGCUGGACCUCAGCUGGGUGCUUUUUCACAUACCCUCCGACUGGGAAGUGGGAAGAGCGGCCGACCAGAAGACACUGCACAUGGAGAAAUAGACUGAAUUUGAACCGAUUACUGUGAAGGACUGGCCAGCCUGGGAUGCCGCCUGCCACACCCAAGGGCCAAACCUGACCCUGCUGCCUGAUGCCGUUCCCAUGCCUGGGUGCUGGGCAUCGAAGAGCUUGCCCAGUGGCCUCGCAGCCAGCCCAGAGCCCGCCACCACCACCAUCAGCUGCCACCACCGAGCAAGCGGGAAAC